AUGGCCUGUGAUUGCAAGUGUGGGCAGGUGCUGCAGGCUGAGCUUGCCGAGCUCAAGCAGCGACGACAAGAGCUGCGCGAGGCCUUCAAAGCUAACAAAGCACACAUGAAGGCCGCGCAGAAGCGAAAGGCCAAGUUGGUCAAGGCGCAGUCUGGUUUUGUUCUUGCCUGUUGA